AUGGUCAAGUUCACCACUGUUGCUAUCGGCCUCACGGCCUUCCUCUCCUCCUUCGCAGCUGCCAGUAACUGCAAGGCCAACCUGGACUACUGCGGUAGCUCCCUCCUUAAAAAGGGCAACUACUACGCCCAAAUUGCCAACGAGCUCAAGGCCAAGGGUCAGUCUACUGAUCCCAGCCACAUCCAGCAGUCGCUGUUCCACUGCACUGGCGGCUCCAACGGCGAGAUUGAGUUCCUGAGAUUCUGCUCCGGAGGAUGCCAGGAUGCCGGAAAGGGACAUAGUGAUAGCUGUUAA